CUCUCCCACUUGAUUUUUCAUUCUCAAUACAAAACCAACUCCAUUAGAGAGAACAUACUUCCCACCGUUAAAAAGACCAAUUGUGUUUUCAAAACAUAUACUAUAAAUGGAUUUCUCCGGUUUAUUCCUCACUCUUUCUGCGGCGGCUCUGUUUCUCUGUUUACUCCGAUUUAUCGCCGGAAUCCGCCGUAGCUCCUCCACGUCACUCCCUCUUCCUCCGGGAACAAUGGGUUAUCCUUACGUCGGCGAAACAUUCCAACUUUACUCACAAGACCCAAAUGUGUUCUUCGCAGCAAAACAGAAAAGAUACGGAUCGGUGUUCAAGACUCAUGUAUUGGGAUGUCCAUGUGUGAUGAUCUCGAGCCCUGAAGCUGCAAAAUUCAUCUUAGUCACAAAGUCUCAUUUGUUUAAACCGACUUUUCCGGCGAGUAAAGAGAGGAUGCUUGGGAAACAAGCCAUCUUUUUCCACCAAGGAGAUUAUCAUUCCAAACUUAGGAAGCUCGUUUUAAGAGCUUUCACGCCUGAUUCAAUCAGACACAUGGUUCCUAACAUUGAAUCAAUCGCUCAAGAAUCACUCAAUUCUUGGGAUGGAACUCAACUCAACACUUACCUAGAAAUGAAAACUUACACUUUCAAUGUGGCGUUAACCUCAAUACUCGGAAAAGACGCAAUCUUUUACAGAGAAGAUCUAAAACGAUGCUACUACAUUCUAGAGAAAGGUUACAACUCGAUGCCGAUCAAUCUCCCCGGAACACUAUUCCACAAAGCCAUGAAAGCUCGCAAGGAGCUAGCUCAAAUCCUCGCUAACAUCUUAUCCAAAAGAAGACAGAACUCAUCUACACACACAGAUCUCCUCGGAUCAUUCAUGGAAGACAAAGCAGGGCUAACCGACGAACAGAUCGCCGACAACAUCAUCGGAGUGAUCUUCGCCGCUAGAGACACGACGGCGAGUGUGCUGACAUGGAUCCUCAAGUACUUAGCUGAUAAUCCAACUGUUCUAGAAGCUGUCACUGAAGAGCAAAUGGCAAUAAGGAAAGAUAAAAAAGAAGGAGAGAGUCUCACUUGGGAAGAUACAAAGAAGAUGCCAUUAACUUAUAGAGUAAUCCAAGAGACAUUGAGAGCUGCUACAAUCUUAUCUUUCACAUUUAGAGAAGCUGUCGAAGAUGUCGAAUACGAAGGAUAUUUGAUACCAAAAGGAUGGAAAGUAUUGCCGCUGUUCAGAAAUAUUCAUCACAAUGCUGAUAUAUUUCCGGAUCCGGGAAAAUUCGAUCCAUCGAGAUUCGAAGUUGCGCCGAAACCAAAUACAUUCAUGCCAUUCGGAAGUGGGAUUCAUUCUUGUCCGGGCAAUGAGUUAGCUAAACUUGAAAUCUCCAUUCUAAUCCAUCAUCUCACUACUAAAUACAGAUGGUCAAUAGUUGGACCUAGUGAUGGAAUUCAGUAUGGGCCGUUUGCUCUUCCUCAGAAUGGAUUGCCUAUUGCCUUGGAACGGAAAUCCAAGUAGACGAUUUAUGAGAAGACCACUUGUCUUUCUAAAAUUAGAUAGUGAGGAAUCUUUUUUCCCUAUUUAGGAGAAAAGACUUGAUUCUUUUUUUUUUUCGUUGGCUCAAAGAGAAAAUAGAGAAAGUAAAAGGAAAAAAAUAUCCCAAAAGUGGGACCCCAAGUGUAUAUAGAUUUUUUAUUUUUAAUUAUAAAGAAGUAAAUUUUGGGAGAGAAAGAGAAUUGUAAAUUCUUUUGUUACCAAUGUAAUUCCCACGAUCUAUGGAAUGCUUUAAGAGAUUUUCAAAAAUUAA